AUGUCCAAAACUUCGUUAAAGACUUCUAGUUCACGAAUGUUGCUUCAUCGCACUAAAUGGUCAAAGAAAGAUUCAAGAUUGAAGCCGUUUGGAUUUUGCUGUUCCCUGGAUCGCUUCGAUCCUCUUUCGAGAUACGAUCAACAAAGACCACCCUAUAAAUCUUCAUUAAUGGCAAUAACUUCUGUGCACGAGUGUCCAGUAUCCAAGAUGCAAAUGAAAUUUUUCACACCUUGGUUUACCCGAGAAAAGAGGAGGCUGAAGGCGUCGGAGGCUGGAGAUCAGCAACGAUCGAAGAACGGGAAAUUGAAUUACUUUCCUUUAUUUGGUAGAAAGGAUCGUUCUAUAAAAUGGUAUCUAGAAGAUGAAAUUGCAUUGGCAAGGGAUAUGUUUUGGAUGGAAAAGCAAAGAGUUUACAACGAGGCGAGCGACAAAGCAAUGAGCAUUGGCAAAAAGAAACUUAAAGACAAAAUGAAAACUUUGUUGAAUCUGAAGUACCCACGAUGGUAUCAAGACUUUUCCCUGGAUCAAAUAAAGAAUUUAAAAAACCUGGAAAAUGUGAUGCGCACCGAUUAUGAAGAGACAAAAACAGAUGGCACACGAAGGACAUUGAUAGCUAUUGGCAUUAUUUCAACAUUUUUCAAAUUAAAGCCGAAUAUUAUAAAUGAGUUGCAUAAAUCAUGCAAUUUGAACAGUAUCGAUUUUCUACGAGAAAUUUAUAAAAUCUUGACAGGAAAUGAUUUCUAUGAGGAGGAAUAUAAAAAAAUUUAUGACUGUAACGAGAGAAUAAUAUUGUCAGCUAUUGCAUUUUUAACAUUGCCAGAAACAGUAAACGAAUUGCAUAAAAGGUUGCCAGCAAUAAUUAUGCCAAGUUUGCCACCAAAACCAAAACCACCAGUACCUUUGGCAAGACAGAAAAGCAGCUGUCCUUAUAAAGAGGAGUUAUUCAAGUGUCUUGAUUGGGCCGGUUAUCGAAAUGCUUUGCAGAAAUGGCAGAAACAAUACAAACUAUUUCAAACUAUUCUAACAGUUCCGAAAAUAAUUUUAUUAUUCAAGCAACACGAUCAAUUUUUUAUUAAUGAUAGAACAUUGUCUGAGAUUAGAAAGCAAAAGAAAGAUAUUUAUAUUAACCAUCUUGAAAAAACCAGCACAAAGGAUUUGCAAAAGAGUUCCUCUAGUAAGUAUGAUGCAAAAGGUAAAUAUGAUAUAGUGAACAUUGAUGAAGAAGUAAUAUAUGGAGCUAAAGAUUUUCCAACACAGGAAAAUUUCAAAGCGGAAAAAUCAUCAACUUCUAGUAGUUAUCGAGUGCUAGACGAUGACAAGAAAUUUGAUUUUACAAUCAGCAGACUUACCGAAAAACCAGAAACUAUGGAAUACAAAAUUUGUGGUGCACCAAAGCCACCAGGAGCAAACCAAAAAUCCUGGCUGGGCGAAAAGAAUGCUCACUACAUAAUAGCCGGUGCAUCCUCGCAGGGCGAGAAUCUACCGAAUUGUCCUGUAACUUAUGAGAUCACCGGUGUGGCUAAUGUGACACCCAGCAAUAGCGACGAAAAAUUCUUUGCAAUGCUGAAACUUGAUGAUAGACCUAAAAAGAUCUUUCCCAGUGGCAGAGAAAAUUUGUCAAGAAAGUGGCAAGACUGGCUGCGAAAUGCUGAUGAGAAUUUCGAGCAGAUGGAGGAAGAAGCUGAUGAAUUGAUAAAGAGUAUGCAAACAACCAUAAAAUUGGCGUUUCCUGAACCCGUUUGCGAUAGCUGUUGUUCGUGUCGACAGACACGAAAGACCGACGAGAAAUUACAACAAAGCAAGGCGCCGAUCGACAAUAGCGAGAAAAACAAGAACGCCGUAGAAUUGAUGACAAUGCAUUCUCCUAAGCCGACAACAGGAUCACCAAUCAAAUUGAUUGCUUCGCAGAAUGAGAUCAAGACAAAUAUCAUUAUCAAUGGCGUUACCAAAGAGAACGGCCAAACUCGAUAUUAUAUAUCAGGUGCUCAGAGAGACAACAUCAUACAUAUACCAUCGCGAAUACUUGAUCCUCCAGUAUCUCAGUUGGUCAAGAAUGUUCCACCUUGUACAUGCGCCAUUCAGCAAAUGAGCAAUAAAGACAUAAGUCCUUCUAUAAGCGAGGAUGACAUUCCUUGGACAAAGGACGAAGGAGUGUGCAUUGGAAAGAAAUACAGACCAAACGAGCCAGGUGCAUAUUCUUGUAAGACAUAUCCUGACGAUAAAUCUUGCAGACGUAAUCCUUUCAUAAAAGAAGUAAUAAGGAUGGAGAGGAACAAAAAGGAAAAAGAAAAAAGAGAAAGAGAGAAAGAAAAGACAAACCCUAUCGAAGAAGUCAAAAAAGAAAUUCAAACUUCAGCGAAGAAAAUAAUUGAGAAAAAAAAGGAUAAAUUCAUUCCCGAUCCUGAUUAUCCUGCUUAUGAUGAUUAUUGGAAUAUAUUACGCACUGCCCCAUCGAAAAUAAUAGAAACAGAUUAUGAGAAAACCCUGAAAUUGACUACUCCAGCAUUUCCUACAAUCUCUUCAUCAUUAAAUAUGCAAGAAAGACAAAAAGACAUCUCUUUCUCACAGGAAUUAAAGAAAGUUGAAAAGAAUAUUUUAAAUAAGGAAAAUAAUGAAAAAAUUUCUGAAAUCUCUUUAAAAUCGUCAAAAAAAAAUAAAAAAGAAAGAAGCAAAGACAAAGAAGAACUGGAAGAUAUGGAAAAGAAAAAAAGAAAAGAAUGGAUGCCUUCGAAAAAAAUAAUAGUUAACAAGAAAAGUACAAAUCUGUCAAGUAACAUUUUUAAGUCAAUACACGGAACGAAAAAGAAGCAACGAACGAAGUUAUUUUUAUCAUCAUUUCGCAGACCACUCAACAAUCGCAAACGAGAAAUGGCGAAGAUAAAGAAUAUGUUCAAAUCUUUCGCAAUUUUAGAUGACAUCCAACCCGCUAUUCUUCCUGAAGAAUUACUGGCAAUUAGUCGACGUGAUCCAGAAGAGAUAAUUGUCGAUUCUCCUGUUGAUGAAGAAGAGAGCCGUGCUAUCAAUAAGGCACCUUGUGGUUGGAGAACAAAGUCGGAGCAGGAACUUCCAGCAAAAAAAACUCUGGCUUAUCUCUGCGAACCAGAUUAUCCUUUGGAGACGGUAGCGGUUCGCCCUGGAGGACGACCGUGUCAGUGUAGAGCAACAAGAAAAUCCUUAUGUAACAUGGGUGGUCUAAUGGAGAAAAAAAGAGAUGAGAGAAGAGCUAGGAAGACGAAAAUAGAGGAGGAAAAUAGAAUUAUCGAUGGUGUUCUUUAUUUCACACCACCUGUCAGUCCCCGAAGAAGUGAUGAAUACAUUCCGGAAUAUGAUCUUCUCGAAUCGCCGUACGAUAUGUGCAUUAAUCACGUUACAGACAAAACAUUGAAACUAAUAGAAAGAUAUUCUGGUCCCAAAAGUUUGGUAGAGAAAAUACAGAAAAAAUCAAAAUCAUGCAGUUGUAACGACGGCGUCAGGGAAGAGAAUCAGCUUGCAGAUCAAAAGAAAGACAUUGCAGAAACUCGACGGAAAUUGAUGGAGUCCAAAUUGCCAGAAGAAAGAUGGAAGACAGCAUUAAAGGAUGCAGCAUUGAUGGAUUAUUUUACACAGCGCAAGAAUAAUGUUCCUUGUUGGACAUCUUGUAAGAAGUUUGCUCAAAGUGCCAGACCUCGAAGAUUGAAAGUUGUGAAGCCUGUAUGCGAAUGUAAAUAUGAAAGAAAGAUCGUGGAACGAAAUGAAGAGAGAACUAAGUGGAAGACACAUAAAAAAAAACUAAAGGCUUUAGAAAAGCAGCCUUUCAUGCAGAUUGUCAAUAUUUCGAGACCGAUGAUAGAAGACACGAAAUUCAUUAUAUCAGGCGUAAAGACAAUGCCGCUGGAAGACGAGCAUAAAAAAGACAUCAAGUAUUGUAUAUCGGAUGUGGCAAAAAAUAUUUCUAUGUUGCCGCCUCAGCAGAUAAUCGAUGGCCUGAAAAUAUCAACACCGUUCCAAACACCACAACCGAGCAGAGAACAUAUUCUACGAGCUGAUAUUCCGCACCGACAUUGGUCGCCGACGAACAUUCCUCCGGGUCCAUUGCCGAGGAAAGACGCCGCGUUGAAGGAAGAAAUGGAGCGCAGAAAAAAUGCAAGGGAUGAAGCGUUUAGGUUGAUUUAUGAGGAUAAGAAUAAACAAGAUGCAUCUUGUUUACAUCGUAAUUACCAAGAAGUUUCUGACAAGAAGGAAUUAAUGACGUGCCACGAAACAAAUUUAAGUCAAAUGGAUGUAGAAAAGAAGACGUCCAAAAAAAUAAUAGGAUUACAGUCACCAAGCAAAAAGAUUGGCAACAAGAUAGAACAUCGCAAAGAUAUAUCUCAUAAAAAAAUUGCUAGUAAAGUAUUUAAUGAAAAGGAAAAAUAUUUCGAAAAAACCACUAAUGAGAUUGCACAACAAGAUGUAUUAUACAAACAAACAAUUGAUAAGAUAGGCGAAAAGAUUGAUGAUGAAAGGCAUCUGAUAAGUGAUGGUGAUGAUGAGAAACGUAUAGAUAGCAAGCUUAAUCUUAUGGCAAUAAUAAAAGCUGAAUUGAAGAAAAUGGCUGCAGAAGGGUAUAUAUUCGCCAAGUUGCCGAAAUGCUAUCUGAUGCCACAAUUUCAAGACUGGAUUAUGUACAGGCAGUGCAUCACCUUUUCGGAAACUGACAAAAAAAAUUUGAUGCGGGCGACUGUUCGCGCGUGGCACUUACUAGAAACGGCGAGAAUGCCAAAGAUUGAGAAACCAUCAUUACACAUGACAAAGUGUCAGCUAAAAAAAUUGACUUAUAAUCAAGCUGAGGAAAUAAAGGAAAAGAUUCAAGAGGCAAGGGCGAUUUUCCACAGUAAAGUACGUAAAGCGCGCGUUUCUUACGCUCGUACCAUAUGGGAUACCAUGGAAUCUGGAAAAUUCCCUUCUACGUCGUUUAAGAGAAUCUUCUUCACAUAUAUGGCCAGCAAAGAAUCAGAUGGAUACGUUUAUAAGCCAUGGUUGCCUUCCGAAGUUCAGGAUCUUACUUGCUACUAGUACA